AUGUCACGUGGCUUGAAGACUCGGAAGGUGGAGCGCGCUGAGAAGGAGGCAGAUCUUCACACGUCACACGUCGAACCCUUCACACGCCGUCGACACUUACAACACGCCCACCACUUUCAACACGCCGACCACUUCACACUGCCGACACUUUACACUGCCGACCACUUUACACUGCCGACUACUUCACAUCGCCGACUACUUCCCACCGCCGACCACUUCACAUCGCCGACUACUUCACACUGCCGACUACUUCACACUGCCGUCCACUUCACACUGCCGACUACUUCCCACUGCCGACUACUUCCCACUGCCGACUACUUCACACUGCCGACCACUUCACACUGCCGUCCACUUCACACCGCCGUCCACUUCACACCGCCGUACCUCGCCGACUUGGCCGGAGGUGGUGAGAUCGACAAGUCCUUGGACGCGAUCGCUUCGAUGGUCGAGGGUUUUGCUAAUGGGGAGGAGGUGGGAGAGGAAAUUGUUAAGGAGUUGCAGAGGUUGGAGGAGGGGAGUGAGGAGGAGGGGAGCUUUUCCUCCUCGGAACAGCCACACGAUGAAUGGAUACGACCAAGGUACUGUCCGCCGCGGAGGAGGAGGAGGAGGAGGAGGAGGAAGAGGAGGAGGAAGAGGAGGAGGAGGAGGAGGAGGAAGAAGAGGAGGAAGAGGAAGAGGAAGAAGAAGAGGAGGAAGAGGAAGAGGAAGAGGAAGAGGGAGCCGUUCUCCCAGGGCAGCGCUCGACGGCAAGAUCAAAAAUCUUAA